AUGCCGCCACCACCCAGCAAACGAAGCAGCAAGGGCGAAGACAGCAUCAGCGCUCUCCGCACCAUCACCUCUCUUCUCAGCACCUCCGACCCCGCCGUGCUACCCACGCACAUCCCGACGAUUGUGUCGCUACUGUACUCGUCGCCCGUACUGGAGACCUGCCACACCCUCGCAAACUCACAACAGAAGAACAAGAAGGGGAAGGGGACCGCAGAGGACGCGGGCGUGCUGCUGCACAAGUACAAGACGCGGGUGACAACGCUGAUACAGGGCAAGACGGCGCAGGUACGGUGGUGCGGCGCGGCGCUGGCGAAGGCGAGUGUCGAGAGUAGCUGGGAGUGUCUGGCGGGCCAGGGGGCUGUGUGGGUGAGGCUUUUGGUGCCGUUGUUGGCUAGGCCGGAGCCAGCAGCAACCCACAGAAUCGCCAUAGCAGCGCUGACACGCGUGUUCACGGCGCUGACGGAGGGCAAGCCGGCGCUUGUGCGCGAGCUCGUGGUGCCCAAUCUGCCUGCGGCGAUUGGGCAUCUUCUUGUUCUUGCCGAGUCGUCGGAGUCGGAGUCGGGGUCGGGGUCGGGAUCGGAGCUGCGUGCGGUGGUGCUGGAGGCGCUGCGCGAUAUCCUGCGGGCGCACCCGGUGACGUUUCGGCCGUUUGCACAGAAGGCGUAUGGGCUUGUGCUGGGGGUGCUUUCGUCGUCAUCAUCGUCUGCGGACUCGGUGGAGGAGAGGCUGGCGAGGGAGGUGUUUGCACUGCUGCAUCUGUGUGCGUCGGGGUCCUCGCCCUCUUCGCGUGGGGUCGGCGCUGGUGGUGGUGCUGAUGGCGCGGGUUCGUCAGGAGGGAAUAACAAGGCCACCGCUGUGGCCGACGAGUGGACGAGAGGCUUCAGGGCCGUGAUCGAGGACACGCACGCCACGCUCACCACACUCCUCCGCUGCGUGGUCGAGGACAGUGACUACGGCAGUCACCAGCACAGCGACGGCGGCAAAAAAGAGCUCACUACCGAAGCCCACUGCGCGUCGACCCUCGGCCUGUCCGACUGGCGCGGCCCCUCCGCCGGCGUCCAACGUGCCAGCGUCCUCCUGCGGCAGCUGCAGUCCUUCUUCACGCUCCCGUCCACAGCCCAGGUCUCAAUCCCCAUCGGGCAGCUCGUGGACCUCACCACCCGCAUCUUCAGCGUCGCCCCAUCGUCCGCGCAGAUCAACCAGGCUGUGGAGCGCUCAGAGCGCGAGUAUGUGUUUGCACGCCUGCCGGAGCUGCAGUGCGGUGCGCUGGACCUGCUGGCGACGGUGCUGGCCCGCCUCGGCGGUUUGUUUGCCCCGUUUGCGCUCAUGCUCGUGGACCAGGUUGCCUAUGUCUUUGCGGAGCAGGGCUGGAACGCGGACGUCAAGACGGCGGUGUACACGUUCCUCAACGCCCUCCUCGAGGCAUUCGGCAGCGGCCUUCCAAAAGCGAGCGUCUACGCACUGCACCCCGUCCUCUCCAGCACCUGUGACGACCUCCUCCCGCCCCCGCCCCCCGCCGCAGCCCCCACAACCACAACCAACACCACCACCGCACCCGGCAUCGGAAAACCCAAGCACACCACCGCAAACAGCGCACCAGGGAGCUUCCAUGCCGACGCCUUCCUCUCCAUCCUACCCACCGGUGGGACAUUCGCGCACCAGGGCCUCGUAGCAGCGGCCGAGACGCUACUCGCGACGGCGCUAGCGCGGCUACCGACGGCGUAUGUGCGCUCGGAGCUAAGGACCAAGAUGGACCGCACGGCGGUGCUGACGGGCAACACGGAGGCGAUGCUAGCAAGUGUGUUGUUCCCGCCAUUGGGGGCACGGAGGGGCGGGGCUGUACUGCCGCAUCUGGUGGGCGCGCGGGGUGGUAGUAAGAAGGCGCUGGUGGUGGAAGGAGUUGUGAGGCCGAGGUUGCCGGUGAUUUGGACGGGUGGGAGGAGGGGGAAUGAGGGGGAAGAGGAGAUUACGGACGAGCAGGUGGAGGAGGGUGAUGAUGAUGAGGAAGAUAGCGAGGAGGAGGAGAGUGUCGGCCCACUGGUUUCCGUUUCUUAUGGCAAGAAGCCGUACCCCGUGGAGAUGGAGACCGCAUCAUACGAGUCCCCGUUCAAGCGCCAGAAAACGGAGGCGGCCAUGGACUCCACAACCCAGGGAACAACCGCCGCGGCACGGAAACCCUCACUGCUGGACGACAUGAUCCUCGCCCAGGCUGCUGCCCUCGCUCAAUCACCCGCUUCAGCGCCGGAAUCACCACUACUACAAGCGCCCGUACCGCAGGCCAGCAUCACAGCGGCCUCCUCCUCUUCUUUCACAUCCACCACCGCAGUGUCCAGCGCGACGCAUAUCGAGACGACACAGCAGCAGCAGCAGAAGACUACGACAACGACAACCACGGUCGAGAAAGCAAGAGACUUUACAGAAGGCGGUGACAGCGACGAUGAUAUGGUGAUCCCCGAGAUUGUGAUGGGUGGCGACAGCAGCGAGGACGAGGAGGACGAGUAA